UGUUUGCCGCCGCCAUCAUCAAGACCUGCCACCAACAAGACAAGCCUACGCAUCCCCUCAAGAAAUGCCGCAGACGCCCCGGCGGAGCAGCAUCACGUCCGCGUCGCUGCGCCUGGCCCGGCCGCACAGACCGUUCAACAACGACCCGAAUGUGGGACGCAAGACGGGGCGGCCCUUCCGCGAGGUCGCGCGGGAUGAGGAUGGGUUCGAGCCGUUCGAGCACGUCGUGUCGCAGGGGGACAAGUUUACGCCGCCGAGGGUGGAGCCGCAGCCGGUGGCGCAUAGGAAGAAGAGGCGCAAGUCGUCGAUGCCGGCGAAUGAUGAGGACAGCGACGAUGACUAUGGGAUGCAGAGCAUGGAGAUUGAUAGUCCACUGGCGAGCGCGGCGCAGCCUAUCUCUCCUGCGCGUCCUAGGAAGAGCGUGUCGUCACGCACGCUCAGGUACUCCGACACAUACUACGAUGAGAUUCCAUCUGCGACCACGAGUGGGAGUGCGCGUUCCCGCCCCUCCCUCCCCAAUCGCUCUCGUGUCUCCGACGCUACGACCCGGACCUCCUAUGCAACCACCUACGACGACGAUGACUCUUCUGACGGUGACAAUAAUGCGUUCGAUAUGGGCGCAGGCUAUGACCCUCCCGACGACUCUGCUGACGAGAUGCCGCCCCCUCCCGUUCCCCGUCGAAAAAGCUUCUCACAGAUGAACCAAGAUGAUGACGACGAGGAGUCGGAGGAGGAACAGCCGGCCCCGCCACCGCCACCCACCAAGAAGAAGGGCAAGGAAAAGGCAGCCCCUGAGCCUGAGCCUGAGUCCGAACCCGAACCCGAACCUGAUCAGGAUAUGGAGCAGGACAUCGCGAAUGGGAUGGAUGAUGUCGAGAUGGAGGGUCCGCGCUCGGAUGACGAACCGGAAGAGCCACAGCAGUCACAGAAAUCCCAGAAGCGCAAGAAGAAUAGCGACGCGGUCAGCGCGAAAUCCUCUCGGUCGAAGAAGGAAAACAGACCAAUCGUCGAAGGCGUUCGCCGUAGCUCUCGUCCCCAUAUCAAGCCCCUGGAGUAUUGGCGGGGCGAGAAAUACGUUUAUGGGCGCACUGAGUCCGCCGCGCCUGUCCUCACUGCACCCAUCAAGGAGAUCCGGCGCGUCGCGCCCGAGCCAGUGCAACCCUUGGGUCAGAGACGCAAGCGCGGUAUCUCAGCGAAGCCGCGUAGCAAGAGCGCGGUAGCGAAGGGCUCAGCUUCGGCGGUCUCGACGGGUCCUGGCGCUGCUGGCAACCCUGAGGAAGGCUGGGACGACGAGACGGAUCCGUUCGGACUGAUCAACGAUGUGGACCUAGGCGAGGAAGUCAAGCGACGCAUCGUAUAUACGGCCAAGAUGGUGCAGACGACUCCGUCCGCUAACGGAGAGUGGGCGUUCGACCGCAUCUUCUCGGACGCCAACUUCAUGGCCGCGGGUAUGAUUACUCUCAUUCCGAAUGGGCGGAAGUCCACGAAGCCGACGAAGGACAAUACCUAUAUUUUCUACGUACUGGAAGGCGCUGUCAAUGUUCGCAUUCACGUUCAGAGUGCGAUCGUUGCCUCCGGUGGCAUGUUUAUGGUCCCUCGAGGCAAUACCUACUUCAUCGAGAACAUCGCCGACCGCGAGACGAAGCUCUUCUUCGUCCAGGCGCGCAAGAACGUCGACCCUGGCGAGUCUAUUGUCGUUCAGGAGGGCUCCGGGGUGUCGAGGCGGUCGUCGCAGGGCGUGAUCAGUGGGACGACAGAUCGAUCGAGCGGAGUGGGGAGGAGAGUUGCGGCAAGCUAAACAUGUCGCUGCAUCAAUCAUUCACUGCUACGGUCGGUCGACUAUCCGUGCCCCUCAUCUUCGUCGACGGUCCCAAUACCAUUCUCCACAUCUCCUUAUGCCCUCUUGCGAAUAUACCGGCCUCUCCGACGAGACUGGACAGCCUAUAUCGCGACCACUCAGUAUGUCAUUCUUGUAUCUUAUUUUGUAUCACCGCACUCUAUGUUUUGGUGGAUUUAUGCAUCCUAGUAUCUUGUCCUUUGCUGUGCGAUGUUGUCCCUCCCC